AUGCUUUCUUCAGAGAAGGUGUCAUAUGUGCAGUACACGGAGAAGGAGUACUUGUUGCAGUCUCCUGAGCAAUCCGCCGCUCGCUGUCUUAUUAAAGACAAGCUCCAGCGUAUGAGAGUUCAUCUGGACUGGGACGCUGGAAACCCGCCGUUCUCGGACUCUGUGACUAAAACACAACUCGAACCUGUGAAGAUGCUGAACGCUCGUGCGCUCUUUAUUCUGACCUUCAUCUGCGGUUUGACAGACGCCGCCAAACUCAAUAUACCCAAAGUUUUACUACCUCUUGCCAGAAGCACGAAGAUUAAUUUUACACUGGAAGCAACCGAAGGAUGUUAUCGAUGGUCGUCUAACAGGCCGGAGGUGGCCAGUAUCGAGGCGCUGGAUGUGGACGAGCGUCAGUGCUCUCAUAAGGCGGUUCUUCAGGCUCGCUCCACGCAGCCGUCCAGACUCACCAGCAUCAUACUCGCCGAGGACAUCUUGACCGGGCAGGUGCUGCGCUGUGAUGCAAUAGUGGAUGUGAUCAGCGAGAUCCAGAUCGUGUCCACCACGAGAGAGCUUCACCUGGAGGACUCUCCUCUGGAGCUGAAGAUCCAUGCCCUGGACUCCGAGGGAAACACCUUCAGUACUCUAGCCAGUCUGCUGUUUGAGUGGACGAUCGUGAAGGAUGCGAGAUGGCCGUUAUCCUUCACAUCCUUAUUUUUGGUUUUAUGUCUUCUCCUGUUUCUGUCUAGGGUGCUGAGGUUUGCAGAGUCAGCAUACACUCCUCCUGCAUAUAUCUCAGAGAUGGAGAGAGUGGGACAUCAGGGAGAUAUUAUCCUAGUUUCAGGAAUCAAAACCGGUCAUGCCAAGCUCAAAGCCAAAAUACAAGAAGCAAUCUACAAGGAUGUUGGUGCUGCUGAAGUCAGAUUGCUGAUUCUGGAAAAUAUCCUUCUCAGUCCUGCGUAUGACAUUUAUUUGCUUGCUGGCACCUCCAUCAAAUACAAGGUCCAGAAGAUUCGUCAGGGAAAGAUUACAGAGCUGUCCAUGCCCUGUGAUCAGUAUGAGCUUCACCUUCAGAACAGUGUGGUGGCCCCUGAAGGAAAACCAGACGCUCCAGUGGCAGCCCUGGACCGGAGCAGCUCCACGGUGCUUGGGCUUCAGCACGGACACACCAACAUCGUGCUGGACCACAAGAGUCUUGGGAUGCAGGGCGCCUUGCGACUUCCCAACAGCACCAUCUAUGUCGUGGAGCCUGGAUACUUGGCAUUCAAGAUUCACCCUGAGGAUCGCUGGGUCCUUGAGACAGCGAGGAAAUACGAGAUCUUCAUUGAAGUGUUUGAUAAGUCAGGACACAAGAUUUACCUCUCUGAUAAUAUCCGUAUAGAAGCCACGUUCCCCACAGAGUACUUUGAGGUUCUGGACUCGUCUGUUAAUGGAUCUUACCACCAUGUGAAAGCUUUAAAACGUGGUCAGACCAUCAUUGAUGGCACGUUGAAAGCGGUUGUUGAUCAAACAGGAAGUGUCCACGCUCUCUCUGUUCCUGUGCGUAAUGAGCAGGAUGUGGAGAUCUAUGACCCCAUCGUCCUUACUCCUGCCAUCCUCACGUUCCCAUGGCAGCCUAAAGAGGGAGCGUACCAGUACACCAUCAAGGCGACUGGAGGAAGUGGCAACUUCAGCUGGUCAUCCAAUAACUUGGCAGUUGCCACCGUUACAGUAAGAGGCAUGAUGACCACGGUCAGAGACGUUGGAGUCAGUGUGAUUUAUGCCCAUGACAUGAGAAACCCGCUGCACUAUGGAGACAUGAAGGUGUAUGUGAUCGAGCCGGUGGGGAUGGAGUUCAGCCCGUGUGUGGUGGAGGCCCGCGUGGGCUUGAGUCUGGACCUGCCGCUGCGAAUAUUCGGUCAGCUGGCUGGAGAGAGAGUGACUCUCAGCGACUGCUCUCACUUCGACAUGCAGGUGGACAUGGAGAACCACGGCGUCUUUCAGCUGAUGGAGGGUCGACUUCCCCCAGGUCAGGGCUACUGCAGUGGGGUUCGAGUUAAGGCCUUGACCUCCACUUACACCAACCUGUUGGUUAGCUACACCCACAGUAACGUUCACCUCAGUGCGAAGAUCACAGUUGCUGCCUACCCCCCUCUUAGGCCGAUUGACCCAGUGUCUGUGGCUGUGGUGACGCUAGGCUCCUCCAAAGACAUGACGUUUGAAGGAGGGCCCCGACCCUGGGUGCUGGAACCCUCCAGGUUCUUCAGAAACCUGACGGCUGAGGACCACAGCAGCGUCGCACUGUCUCUGUAUGGACCCGCCUCGCGAACAUACUCCAGGCAUCUGGUCAGAGCCACGUGCCAAGCUCUGGGAGAACAGGUCUUAGCAGUGACUGUUGGAAACCAGCCCACUGUGACGAACCCCUUCCCUGCUGUGGAGCCAGCUGUGGUGAAGUUUGUGUGUGCACCUCCGUCACGUCUCACUCUGACACCCAUCUACCUGAACCCUCAGCUGGAUGUGUCCUGCCCUCUGCUGCAGCAGAACAAACAAGUGGUGCCAGUUUCCAAUUACCACAACCCAGAGCUGGAUGUGUCAGCCUUUGACCAGCAGGGCAGGAAGUUUGAUAACUUCAGCUCUUUGAGUAUGAUCUGGGAGUCUUCCAAAGUUUCCCUGGCGAGCAUCGAACCAACCAUGCCCAUGCAGCUACACACACACGAGGAUGACAACAAACAGAAAAAACUCCACGGUCAUCAGAUGGUUCUUGUCCAUCGUGAAUCAGGUGUGGCGGCCAUCACUGUGACCGCAGUCGGCUAUCAAACAUCUCACCUAGAGGCAGCAGCCGUUCUGAGUGGAUUUGAUCCUCUGAGCCCCGUCUUUGCCACUCUUGACCUGCUGUUAGUGGAGGACGUGAGGGUGACCCCUGACACCAUCACCAUAUACAACCAUCCUGAUGUGACGGCCGAUCUGGUCCUGCAGCAGGGUUCGGGUUAUUUCUACGUCAAUGCGAGUGUCCAAGGAAUUGCAGACGUCAUGUUCCAGGAGUCCCAGGGAAUUGCUCAGGUGGUCCCGGCUCAGGCGGGGGUCCUGCAGGUGAUGGUUCAUGACCUCUGCUUGACCUUCCCUUCUCCUGCUACGGCAACAGUUCACAUCUCUGAUAUUCUGGAGGUUUAUGUGCGAGUGGUCGACAAGGUGGAGAUCGGCAAGUCGGUGAAAGCAUAUGUUCGGGUUUUGGAUGGCAACAAGAAGCCUUUCCUGUCCCGAUAUUUCUCUGUCAUGGACCUGAAGCUGAGGGCAGCGUCCUCCAUUAUAUCCCUUCAAGCUCUGCCUGAUUCGUCAGAGGAAGAUACGGACACAUUUCUGGUCAAAGGUCUGGUGAUCGGACAAACUAGCGUGUCUGCUGUUGUCAUAGACAAGAAUGGCAGAAAAAUCACCUCUGCACCCCAGCAAAUCGAAGUAUUUCCUCCCUUCAGGCUAUUGCCUAGGAAAGUCACUCUAAUAGUCGGAGCAAUGAUGCAGAUCACAUCAGAGGGAGGCCCACAACCCCAGUCCAACAUCCUCUUCUCUCUGUCCCACGAGAACAUCGCCUCUGUCAGCUCUCUGGGGCACGUCAAGGGUCUGUCUGUGGGCAACAUGAGCGUGACCGGCGUGGUCCAGGCGGUCGACACAGAAACCGGCAAACUGGUGGUGGUGUCGAAGCCUCUUGAAUGCCUGGGUCAAGAGCUGAUGGAAGAGAACGAGGAGAGCCAAGAACCGAGUGAAGUGGAGGAGGAACAUCUUGACAAACCUGGAGAACAACCUUUGAGUAGCUCAAAGAAUGAAAAGACCUUUUUAAAGAAAAAAAGAGCCAAAAAGAGCCAAGAAAUCACUCGCCUGCACUCAUGCGGGAAGAGCUUCGCACAAUCAUCAAACCUUCAAAAACACAUGAGAAGUCACACCGGAGAGAAGCCGCACACGUGUGUUCAGUGUGGGAGGAGUUUCACAGAAAAACUACAUCUUAAAGUACACAUGAGAAUCCACGCUGGAGAGAAGCCAUACCCAUGCGAUAAAUGUGAGAAGAGUUUCAAGUACCUUAAGAUUCACGUGAGGAUCCACCCCGGAGAGAAGCCAUUCGCAUGUGAUCGGUGUGAAAAGAGAUUCGGUUAA